AUGUUGCCGGAAACAUUGGCAAACGAGAAGGAUAAAGCGAUCGUCAAAGUCAGUGCGGAUGACUUAAGCAAGAUGAUUAUGAAAAACUUGGGCUCUCCUGCCGCCUUCAAGGAAAAAAAAGAAAUCCAAGAUCUUGAAGAAGAAGAUGGCCAACUCAUCGAAGAUUUGGCCUAUCUCGAUACCGUGUAUACUGCGCGCCGUCAAAUAGCCGAUGCAACUCGCCAAUUUUCCCUGAACAAAAGUAAUGAAGCCAAAAAACUGAUCAAGAAACUCGAACACCAUAGCAGUCGACAUAUGACCGCUCCCGAUAAAACAUUGCUUGAGCAUUCACUAGUCGCUACGCAACACUACAAUAUAAAAGCCAACAAAGCGGCGCUUAUAGCCAAAAAAGCCGCGCAAGUAGCCACAGAGAAUGAGUUUUUGGCUGGCGAAUCGUUUUCAACCCUCACAGAGUAUCGAGGUCGAUCUCAGGAAAUCAAAAGAACGAUCCAGCAGCUAAAAGAGUCCAUAGAUACUGAAGCUUCUAUUGCCAUGCGAGAGUCUAAGAGAUUGAGAUCGGACGUAUCUUCUGAACCUUCCAGUCCGUCAAACGACGAGAGUGAUCCAGUUCAACAUGUUCACAAUACUAUCAAAACGGCUGUAACGAACGCCCCUUCUGGCAGCGCCUUGAAUUUGCUCAAAGGUCUGACGUCGCUCCAAGCACGUCAGCUGUUCCACAUUGCCAACAAGGGCAAAAUUGCAGCCCCUGGAUCACAUGUAGCAAAUAAUGCGAUUAGAGAGCUGAGCGACGACGCAAAUGAUAUCCCGUGGUACGCUCUUUGGUACAUGAUCUUUCACGAUUUCUGUGUGAAAAACAAGCUAUUACUUUCCGAAGGCACUGAUAGCCACCAUCCUCCUUCAAGCUAG